AUGAAGUUGUCAACAUCUCAGAUCCUCUUCGCCUCCGUGGCACCCCUUGUCAAUGCCUUCCCAGCAGCUCUCCUUGAGCGUGCAGCAAACGAUGCCGCCAUGCAGGCUGACGCCGACAAGAUCGCUCAGCUUCUGUCAAGGCGUCAGCAAGGAGCCGAUGCUGCAAAAGCACUCUUCGAGCCAGUCCCAGUCUUCGACGCCCAGAAGCAGCUCAUCGACGUGAGCAAAGGCAGCGGACACGAAUACGUUGCACCAGGACCAGGUGAUCUUCGAGGACCAUGUCCAGGUCUGAAUGCUUUUGCCAACCAUGGCUUCCUGCCUCACAAUGGUUAUGCCACUGUCUCACAAUACAUCGAGGCCACUGAGACGGUAGUCGGUAUGGGUCCAAUCCUUGCUGGCUUCCUUUCCAUCCUCGGCGGUGCUAUCGAUGGUGACCUCCUUUCAUGGUCACUGGGUGGCACACCGACCCUUGCGCAGGGUGGUCUUACCGGCGUCCUUGGACAUGGCCUUGUCGGUUCGCACAACAAGUACGAGGGAGAUUCAUCACCAACCCGCGGCGACCUCUACCAAGCCGGCGACAACUACAAGACCGUCACAUCUCAGUUCCAAGACAUGAUCAACUUCUCACCAAACGGUGUUGCCACGAUCGAGAGCUUGACCAACUUCCGUUCCCACCGCUUCGACCAGCAGAUCGCCACAAACCCAUACUUCUUCAACGGACCUUUCACCGGUGUCCUGGUCCAGCCUGCUGCAUACGCUUUUAUCUACCGCUUCAUGGCCAACCACUCUGCCGAGAACACCGAGGGUGAACUGACCCACUCCACGCUGCAGUCGUGGUUCGGUGUUGAGGGAACUGAUGGAAACUACAAUGCCGUUCAGGGUACCGAGCGUAUCCCAGAGAACUGGUACCGCCGCCCUCAAGCCUACCCAUACGAAGUAACCUACUUCCUCGCCGACGUCAUCAACGCCGCCCUCCUGCACCCCAAGUUCCUCGACAUCGGCGGUAACACCGGCACAGUCAACACCUUCGCCGGCGUCAACCUCGAGAACCUGACCGGUGGCGUCUUCAACGUUUUGGACCUGCUCAAGGGUAACAACCUGGGCUGCUUCGUGUUCCAGCUUUCGUCUCAGGCCAAGCCAGAUAUUCUUACUGGGCCGCUGAAUGCGUUACUGGGAGUUGUUGGAGGCUUGGUGUCGCAGCUGGGGUGCCGGCAGUUGAAGGCGAUUGAUAAUAAGCAAUUGGAGGCUUUCCCGGGGUACUCGAGGAACCCGGUGUACUCAUAG